AGUCGAUCACUUGGUUCGUUUGAAUGUUCCCUGCAUGUUUAAGAAGCUCUUCGGCUCGUCAUCCAGCAAGAAGAAGAAGCGACAGGAAAGUUCUCCCGCCCCCGCGCCACUAACUUUGAAAAAGCCGAGAUUGGCCCCCAAAACCCCUGACGGGGCGGCUCAGGGAGAGCCCUCCUCGGCAUACUUGGAAAAGAAGAAGAGCAAGCAGGCUUGUGCGACCUGUGGAUCGACUGAGUUCCGAGAGUCUGCCGAUUGGGGUUAUCUCAUAUGCGCGGUUUGUGGGGAGGCCUCAUCACAGCGGAUAGAAGAGCAGGAGUUUGACGAGACGGAGCAGAGGGGUGUUAUAAGAAGGAUGAACAUCAGUAAUAUGACUAAGAAGGACCCGAACGCGAAACGGCUGAAGAGGGAGCCGUCCGGUGUCGUGCGUGGGAGGACUGUGGAGCUGCGGAGCCAGGAGGAACUCGUCUAUUGCUUCCAACUCUGUUUAAGACGGGUAGCCCAAGAGGUUUGUGACAUCAUGGAGUUAGCAAAGCCAGCUCGGAAGAGAGUGAUGGACAACACUAGAGAUGCAUGGCGGGAGUAUCUGGAACUGGCGGCUACUGAUCGCGUUGGGGGCGGCCCUAGAGGGGCCAUCAGCAAGGUCUUCUACGACCGGCAUAUCAACUCGAGGGCUUACGGUAGUCGUUUCUUCGAGCCGGUCUCUACCACUGCUUCUAACAAGAGGAUGGGCAUGGUCGUGACGAAGUUCGAGGAGAGGAAUCCUGAAGGUGUGACACGACUGGUGAUGAGCGCUAAUGCUCGGGGCCUCAUACGGGCUUUGGAGGCGCGGAAGCUCCAGGCGCCGCCAGAGGCGAUGACGACACGUAGAGGAAGGGCAGUUCAGCUGGAAGAAGGGGAGAUGGCCGAUUUGCUGUAUGAACAUGACUGGCUCGCAAUGAGGUGGAAACGACCUACGGACGAGGCGCUCCCUUCGGCUCUGCUUGACAGGAGUGGUCGGUUGAAGGACACUGAUUAUGAAGGGCGAAGGUUCGCUGUCCAUUUGAAGUUCAAAAAGGAGAGGGAGAAGGCUGAGAAGAAAUGGGCCCUGGAGGAGGACCUUAAGCUGGCCAUCGAGGCGGAUCUUGGACACUCUAUUGAGUCCUCUUCUACUGGUGCUGAGGCUACACCGUCUCCUGAGGUCGACACUGCGGCUUCCUUGACGAGUGAGGAAAGUUCAGAGGAGGACAUGCCUCUUGCUGUUUUUCAAACGCUCUCUGUGGGGGACCACAGCUCGGAAGAAGGCAGUGCUACGACGGAGGAAGACGUAGCACAAGUGGCGGUCACGGCGCCUGAUAGUACCCCGGAAAUGGUAUCGACUGGUAUGACCCCUUCUACUCCUGAGAUUGACUUUGAUGACCCUGCGGGUUUAAACGAGUCUGCGGCAGGGCUCAUUCUACCCGCUAUGGACUUCGCCCUCUUGCUUUCUCUGGUCCUGCUCGCUCUCCGUCGAGCACAUGUCGGUGUAGUGAGUGGGAAGAUGAUUGAGUGGAUACUCACUGGUGCUGUAGACUACAACCGUCUGCACGUACUCCUUCCUCCUGAAUUGAACCCGAUGAACUUCCACCCAGAAAUUGAAGGCAGCUCAUCCGUUCUGCGGCCUCGUUACUUACCCUGUAGCUAUCAGCUGGAUAUGAUACUCUUGAGCCUUCGUGACCGAUUCAACAUGGCGGUCCCGCCCCUUCCUCUCGACCGUCUUAUCAUAAACACACUCGAAGCAAUAGGCUUUUCAGAGUGUAUCGAGCUCGCCCUCAAGCUUCUGGACUGGCUGGUUGAUCCUGCGUGCCCUCUACACGAAGUGGAGUACUUCCCCAGCUACCCUUUCGGCUACCUUUACAGUAUGUCCAACAAGGCUGAGGACGUCUUGCGGCCGGAGGAGACGGAGCCUCUGGAUCCUCCCAUACAUGGUGUCUGCUCUCCAACCCUCACUUGCGCGGCGCUCGUUGUCAUCGCGGUGAAAUUGUCAGUACCAGGGCUCUAUGAUGACGGUCCUGAUGUACUCCCGAAGACGUACCAACUGAGUCUGAAUUGCGUUCGGUGGUGGAACAACUUCACCUCCGAGGAGCGUAUGGACUUCCUAGCAUACUGCCAGGAGGAGCUCUUUAGUGACUAUAGGCCGUGCCUUGCCCCCGAGCUGCAGGAACGCCUCAGGCCGCAGUGGCCAUACCAUCCAUUGAAGUGCCAACGAGGGACACGACCCGCUUUGCAAGUCUCGGAGUCUCCUCCCUCCCAGUAUCGAACAUUCUACCGCUCGCGGGGGGCCUGUCGUAUAGAUUUCGAUAAUGGGCAAAUGCCGCCAGUGUAUGCCUGGCUUCUUGACUCAGUGUGUUCUGUACUUCAUACUGAUAGUGAUGAUUUGGAUCGAGAAAUAUCAAGUCUUGAAGACUGGCUCUUCAAGCGGGAGGCCCCUGCACGGCAAAAGGGUGAUGGCUGACCUAAGUGCUUGUCUGCUCUGUAGCACUUCUACAUUCUUCUACAACGUCAAUUCUACGUACAUAACUAUAAGUG